UGUCGGUUGCUUCGAGCAAAAUGCCCAAAACUCCGUUGACUCAACGGCAAAUUGCUGCAAAAUACAAAAAUGAGACUUGGGACGACAUUGUGAAAGAGAUGAGAGAAAACUCUGCAUACUGGAUGGAUACGACUUUACCGAAAGCCGAGCAGCGCAGAAAUUAUGGGAAGAUGGAGGAAUUUGUGAAAAGAAUGGAUAUGUGCCGGGAGAGACAGAAGGCGACGGUAGAAAAUCUGAAAAAUCUGGAAAAACUUGUGGAGCAAGACGAGAAUGGAAAUGCGGAAAUUUCCGCGGAAGAUCAAGAGAUUCUAUCGAUGCUGAAAUUGGAUCAAAAUGCUCAUAAAGCAAUUUUGAAUCUUCGCAACUCGGAUUUUGAGGGUCUUGAGCCGGAAGUUAAAGACACAAUUAUGUAUUUCAGAAAGAUUGAAAUGGAAGACGAGGUAUUCGGAAAAGAGCCGGUGGAUGCUUCUGAUAGUGACGAAAACGUCAAAAACAGCACCACUUCUGAGCCUGAAAUUGAAGAUGACACCGACUCGGACAUCGAAUCUGAAAUUCUCGAGACUGAUGAGAUGGAUGACGUUUCCACUUCUCCAACGAUGACGUCAUCGGCUCCAAAAUUCGCUCUCAUCUUCAUUAUUCCAAUUUUCCUUGCAAUUCUUCUGUACUUGGCGCCAAUCGAUUUUUCGGAACUUUUCAAUGGACUCUAUGAGAACUGAAUUCUACUUGCUGAUAUAAAAAAUUACUGGAUU